AUGAUUCGAUCGUGGCUUAUGACAUUGAGUUUUGUACUGCACAAUGCAGCAUGCAUUAGCUGCGAGGCAGUUAAGUUUGUUGAAGGGAAGGUUGAUUGGAAAGGAAGAGCUGCUGACAAGUAUCAGCAUGGAGGGCUACGAACUUCAUUGCUCAUACUUGCUGCAUUUACGUUCGAGAAUAUGGCGACGUUAGCUCUAGCUGUGAACUUGAUCACAUAUUUCAAUGGGGUGAUGCAUUUUAGCAUAGCCGACGCAGCUAACAUCGUCACAAACUAUGCUGGAACAAGCUACAUCCUAUCCGUACUGGUUGCAUUUCUUGCUGACACUUACACUGGCAGAUCCAAAGCUGUUAUGGUUUCUAUCAUUUUUGAAAUUCUGGGAUUUGUAUUACUUACAGUACAAGCCCACUUACCCAAACUUAGACCCCCAACAUGCAACAUUCUCGAUCCAGCUACUUCACAAUUAUGUGUUAAAGUUGUUGGGGGAAAUUCUGCACUUAUGUAUGCUUCUAUAUACUUGAUUGCUGCCGGUGCUGCUGGAUUAAAAGCUUCAUUACCAACCCAUGGAGCAGAUCAGUUUGAUGAGAAUGACCCUAAAGAGGCCACACAAAUGUCAAGUUUUUUUAACUGGCUCUUACUUGCUAUUUGUAUUGGUGGUGGUGUUAGUAUCACUUUAAUUGUUUAUAUCCAAGAUAACAAAGGUUGGGAUUGGGGUUUUGGAAUCUCCACAGUUACAAUAGUGUUGGCUAUGAUUGUCUUUAGCGCAGGAUUGCCGCUAUACCGGUAUCACGUCAUCAGUGGAACUGCAGCUAUCACAGAAAUCAUCCAGGUUUAUGUAGCUUCCGUUCGAAACAGAAGACUUAAACUUCCAGAAGACUCUGACGACCUCUAUGAGAUUGAUAGAGAUAAGGAGGCCGGUGUGCAAAUUGAAUUUUUACCUCACAGGGAUAACCUAAGAUUCUUAGAUAAGGCAGCUAUCCAAACAUCACCAGACUUCGAAGAUUCAAAAUCAGCCAACCCAUGGAAACUUUGUAGGGUUACCCAAGUAGAGAAUGCAAAGAUAAUCCUAGGAAUGAUUCCAAUCUUUUGUUGCACCAUUAUAAUGAGCACUUGUUUAGCCCAACUGCAAACAUUUUCAGUUCAACAAGGAAUAACAAUGGACACAACCAUUUCCCAUAACUUUCACAUACCACCUGCCUCACUCCCAAUCAUUCCUAUCGCGUUCAUGAUCGUAAUAAUCCCUCUUUACGAUCAAAUCGCUGUCCCAUUCAUAAGAAAAUAUACUGGUCAUCCAACAGGAAUAACCCAUUUGCAGAGAAUUGGUGUUGGUUUAGUUCUCUCUGCCAUUUCCAUGGGUACUGCCGCAUUAAUCGAGGUUAAGCGCAAAAACAUAGCUAGAAGUCGCAAUAUGUUGAAUGCUAUCCCAGUACUCCAACCAUUACCUAUCAGUGUAUUUUGGCUAUCGUUCCAAUAUUUCAUAUUUGGGAUCGCGGAUAUGUUUACUUACGUCGGGUUGUUGGAGUUUUUCUACUCUGAAGCACCAAAAGGAAUUAAAUCCAUCUCUACCUGCUUCCUUUGGAGUUCAAUGGCGUUAGGGUAUUUCUUUAGCACCGUUUUGGUGCAAAUAGUGAAUCAAGCCACUAAAGCGAAUACCAAAAGUGGAGGUUGGCUGGCUGGAAACAAUAUUAACGUUAAUCAUGUGAAUCUCUUUUAUUGGUUACUCGCUAUACUUAGUUUGAUCAAUUUCUUCUGUUACUUGUUUUUCGCUACUAGAUAUCACUACAGACAUCAAACUACCGUUGCCAAUAAGGAGAUGAAGGAAGUUGUUAAAGAUUAAUUAUCAGUAU